AUGCGCAGCCAAACUCCCCUUUCGCUGGCCUUAUACCUCCUUGCUGGUGCUGCUCAAGCCCAGAACACAGCGAAACCUGCCGGCCAGUCGAGUCGCCAAUGCAGAUGUGUUCCCGGUGAAAGCUGCUGGCCCUCGGAUGAUUCAUGGAUCAAAUUCAACUCUACAGUCGGCGGCAAACUCAUCAAGUCCGUUCCUGUUGCACAAUCGUGUUACGAGGGUCCCACUCAAGACGCCAAACAAUGCAAAGACGUCAACAAUUUGUGGGCCGACGAUGACUUCCAAACAGAACAGCCCCUCGGCAGAUUCUACCCAUACAACACCACGUGCCCUCCCGAUAUCAGCGAAACCCUUCAGUUCGCGCAGGAUCAUGACAUCCGAGUUAGCGUUGUUAACACGGGGCACGACCUGAACGCCCGUAUCGACGGCUUCGGAAGUCUAGCUAUCUGGAUGCGCAACUAUCGUAACGCCAUCGAGUUUCAAGGCACGUUUCAAUCGGCUACCCAGUGCACGCAGUCUGGCUGGACCGGCCACGCGAUCCACGUCGAUGGCGUGUAUCAAUGUGGCGAUGUUCAUAAGGUCGCUCAGGACCAUAAUGUCAUUAUCGUGGGCGGCGGCGCCUCAAGCGUCGGUGCUAACGGCGGCUGGCUGUCCGGCGGCGGCCACGGACCGGCGUCCCGAAACUACGGCCUCGGCGCCGAUCAGCUACUCGAAGCCGAUGUGAUGCUCGCGGACGGUCGCAUAGUUAUUGCCAACCACUGUCAGAAUGCCGAUCUCUUCCGGGCCCUGCGUGGCGGCGGUCCCGGUUAUGGCAUUGUGCUUGGCACCAAAAUCAAAGCUUACCCUAACGUUAAUGUGAUAACGGCUCACCACCUCACUAUAACCCCUCAGGCAACGACUGAUGAGAAUGCGGAUCUCCUGGAUGCCAUUUCUAUCAUGAUGCAGUCUUUCCCAGACCUUAACGAGGGUGGAUAUGCCGGUCUAUGGACCAUUGGCAAGGGGAAAGCCGAGGCCGAUGCCAUAUUUACUCGGGUGCGCGAGAAGCUAUCUCAGUUUAAGGGCAAACUGGUGAUUCACGAGGAUUUCAAAGAGUAUGACGACUAUUGGUCUUUCUAUGAGGGGGAGUUGGAUCGUGGCGACUUUCCGGGUGACACCUUGCUCCUAACUUCGCGUUUGCUGAACAAGGAAGCCGUGCAGGACUAUGAUAGCGUCCGCCACACUGUCGAAAUUGUGAGCGGCAAGCCUGAGGAGUAUACUAUGAAUCUGGUCAUGCUGGUCUCCGGCGGUAAGGUCUUCGAGGAUGCCGCCGACACGUCAUCGGGUCUGCACCCGGCUUGGCGCAACUCCUCCAUGGUGCUCUUGACCGCCCGAAGGAUCUCCAAGUCUCAGACGCUCACGGCGGCCGAUCGCCAGGCCAUGGCCGACGAUAUCACCUUUACCAAGGGCGCCGCCACCAAGCGGCUCGCCCCCGAUACAGGGGGAUACAUGAAUGAGGGCGACCCCAACGACCCCUACUACAAAACGACAUUUUACGGCGACAACUACGAGAGUCAUCGGGCGGCCAAGAACAAGUAUGACCCUAAUUACGUGUUUUACUGCCCAUCGUGCGUUGGCGCCGAGGAGUUCAUCGACCGGCCCGAUGGAGCGUUGUGCAAGAAGUAA